CGGGAAACUAUCCCUUGGUUCACUUUUUCUCUCUUCAGAACGGCUCCGGUGAUGAUGCUUCGUUGCUCACCGCUGCUCGCCUCAGUUCUUCUGUUGUUUACGAUCCGCCAGGAGCGGAGGCCGCUGCGGGCCGGAAUAUAGCAGGCAGUGCGAAUGAAGGUACAAUACGCGGAGUAGGAGGGCCGCGACAUCGUGGAGCUUCUAGUAGCUCUGACUCCCUCGUGGAGAGGAAAAUUGCGUCGAAAAGCCCGGGGUUCGAACCAUCAACGCCGGCGCCGUUCACUCCCGCGUCGCGAUUAGAGGAACAUGCUCAGGUGGGUGCAGCAGCGGCAGCAGCGAGUGAUUCAACCGCAACGUCAUCGAAAAAAAACUCUCCUCCGGGGCGAAAUGAAGAGCGUGUACUUCUGCCGCCGCCAGAGGUGGACCAACUGGUGGCUAAGGCAACAGAUAAAAAUCCACAUUUGGAACAUCAUGUUGCUGAUGAAGACGAUGAAGAUGCUGAGCCGCCUGCGCUUGGCUCCGGCAACAUCCACGACAUCCCCGGUGAUGUCGCGCAGAGACAAGACUUCAAGGAGCGAGCGCUUUUGGCGGCCGAGACUGCGUUUUUCGACAACUGCUUCGACGGGACCGCGGGCGCGCUGA